AUGAUUUUCCUCAUUGGAGGCAAAUGUAGAUGGUUAAAUCUUCUUCAAGCUUUCAAGCUAUAUAGAUAUAACUUAUCAUAA